GAAAACUAAAUAUCAAGGAAAAAGGUAGAUGAUCUAUUUGAUAUACAUGCAAUAGAUUAGUUACCUCUAAUUCAAUAUUUCCUAGUCGCUACGCUAUGUUUCUAAUCUCUCUAUAACCAUUUCGAGAGAGACAAAACUUAUGCCCUCUCCAUCUUCACCUUUUCAGCACAAGGAAAAACCCUAAUUUUAUUGUGUUUUUCCCCAUUUUACUUCAUAUCAACAAUGAAGCUUCGCACUCGUGGUGAUGGCGCUUCUUCUUCCAAAGUGGAAGUGAUCGCAGGGAACAUGAAUCCCGAAUACAUAGAUGUCUCUGAUGAUGAUCCUGGUAUGAUAGAUUUGGAUGCCGAUUAUAAUGCAUUAAGUAAUGAAGACUCAGAAAAAGAGGCUGUAAUGGAAAUUGGUGAUGAUGAUUUUGGUGUGCCCAGUGUUUCAAAGAGGAUGAAAAGAGACUCUUCGAAGAAGAGGGGAGAACAGAGCCAUGAAGUAGAGAAUGGUGGCAUGGAAGAAGAGGGAGAAAGGGAUACUGAUAGGAUUAUUCGGGAAGAAGUUGAGGGGAAUAUGUUGGGGUUCGAUUUUUCUGGAGUUGUUGAAGAUAUGCGGGAAGUGAGAAAGAAGAAGAGUAAGAAGAAGAAAGAGGAUAGACCCAUAUUAAUGUGGGAAGUACUGGAACAAGAGAAUGAGAGGUGGGUGGCAGAAAAUUUGGCAAAAGACAUUGACUUGAGUAAUCAGAAUGACAUGGUGGCUGAAACUGUUGAUCCUCCAUCUGAAUUGAUAAUGCCACUUCUGAGGUACCAGAAAGAAUGGUUAGCUUGGUCUUUGAAGCAAGAAGAAUCUAUAAUCAGAGGAGGCAUUCUUGCAGAUGAGAUGGGGAUGGGAAAGACUGUCCAGGCAAUAUCACUUGUUCUUGCUAAACGAGAAAUCAGUCGAGCAGCCUUUGGGAACGAAUUACCUUCAUCUUCUACCUCAUCCACCACAAAGUUUCCAAUAAUUAAAGGAACACUUGUUAUAUGUCCCGUUGUGGCUGUGAUGCAAUGGGUUAGUGAGAUAGAACGUUUCACUUCAAAAGGAAGCACAAAGGUGCUUGUUUAUCAUGGAGCCAACAGAGAAAGGAAUAUUUAUCAGUUUUCUGAGUAUGACUUUGUUAUAACUACAUAUUCAAUUGUGGAGGCUGAUUACAGGAAGUAUAUGAUGCCACCCAAAGAAAAAUGCCAGUGGUGUGGAAAACUAUUCUAUGAUCACAAGCUGAAAAUUCACUUGAAAUACUUUUGUGGACCUGGUGCUGAAAGGACUGAUAAGCAGUCGAAGCAGAAGAGGAAGGAUUACAAGCAGAAGAAAACAUCUGACUCUGUGGUUGUAACUAAGAAGAGAAAUCCCAAGAAAGAUAGGAAGCAUAAUGAUGGCGAGAAGGACAUGGGAAAUGGUGGUUUAAUUGAAACUUCAGCUCCAUCUGGGCAAUUCUUGCCUUUAGGCAAAUCUAUACUACACUCUGUGGAAUGGAAUCGUAUCAUUUUGGAUGAGGCUCAUUUUAUAAAAGACAGACGCAGUAAUACAACCAGAGCAGUUCUUGCUUUACAAUCUUCAUAUAAGUGGGCUUUAAGUGGCACUCCCCUCCAGAAUCGUGUUGGAGAGCUCUACUCACUCGUUCGCUUUCUGCAGAUAGUUCCUUACUCUUAUUACUUCUGCAAGGACUGUGAUUGCCGUUCACUAGAUUAUAGUACCUCGACAGAUUGCCCGCACUGCCCUCAUAAAGCUGUACGACACUUUUGCUGGUGGAACAGAUAUGUAUCAACACCAAUACAGAAUUAUGGAAAUUCUGGGCCUGGUAGGGAUGCUAUGAUUUUGUUGAAGCACAAGAUAUUGAAAAGCAUAGUGUUGAGACGUACCAAAAAGGGCAGGGCUGCUGAUCUUGCACUUCCUCCUAGAAUUGUUAACUUGAGGAGGCACACUCUGGAUAUUAGAGAAGAUGAUUAUUAUACAGCAAUGUACAAUGAGAGCCAGGCACAGUUUAAUACAUUUGUUGAGGCAGGGACUGUGAUGAAUAACUAUGCUCACAUAUUUGAUCUUCUGACGCGCCUACGACAGGCAGUUGAUCAUCCUUACCUUGUGGAAUAUUCUCUUACUGCAAUGGAAAGAAAGGGUAAAGCAGUUGAUACUAGCAAUGGUGAACAAUGUAGCUUGUGUCACGAUCUUGUAGAAGAUCCUGUUGUGACAUCAUGUGCACAUGUCUUCUGCAAAUCGUGUUUGAUUGAUUAUUCUGCUAGCAAGGGACAGGCCUCCUGCCCGUUAUGUUCAAAGCCACUUACUGUUGAUUUCACUGCCAACAAGGAUAGUAAGGAGCAGAAUGCAAGAACCACCAUUAGAGGGUUCAGGUCCUCUAGUAUUUUGAAUAGAAUUCAGCUCAAUGAUUUUCAGACAAGCACCAAAAUAGAUGCUUUGAGAGAGGAAAUCAGAAACAUGGUUGAAAGGGAUGGUUCUGCAAAGGGAAUUGUCUUCAGCCAAUUCACAUCCUUUCUGGAUCUCAUACAUUACUCCCUUGAGAAGUCAGGAGUGAACUGUGUUCAGUUAGACGGGUCUAUGUCCCUAGGAGCAAGAGAUACUGCUAUCAAAAAAUUUACCGAGGAUCCUGAUUGCAGAAUAUUUCUUAUGAGCUUGAAAGCAGGAGGUGUUGCACUCAAUCUUACAGUGGCAUCAAAUGUUUUCUUGAUGGAUCCUUGGUGGAAUCCUGCUGUGGAACGGCAAGCUCAGGAUAGAAUACAUCGAAUAGGACAAUACAAACCAAUCAGGAUUGUGAGGUUUAUCAUUGAAAACACAGUUGAGGAGAGAAUUUUGAAGUUGCAGGAGAAGAAGGAAUUAGUAUUUGAAGGGACUGUGGGUGGCUCUUCAGAGGCUUUGGCUAAACUAACAGAGGCUGAUAUGAAAUUCCUGUUUGUGACCUAGUCAGGAUCAUCAUUUGGAACCUUGCUUUUGUUUCUAGCGACUAAAUAUGGUUUCUCCUUAAACCAUAGCCAAAUUGAUAUACUUGGUUUUGCAUCAUCAGCACAAGGCAACUUUCUUGUCAUGUGAUGUAUAACCACUUCUGUGUAAAUUCACAAAGUAAAAUAUAUAUCCGGGAGCCAUUUCAGCUUUGAGGUGUUCUUGUCACUGGUUUGAUCUUCGGAUUGUUUUUCGAGUAAUAUUUAGUUGACUUGGUGCGUGAAUAUUUGAACUUAAGACGUUUAAGAUGCGGGUGUUAUAUACUUGCAUCUCUUGGCAUGUCCAUCUUGUUAUUCGAAGCUCUGGUAUUCGUA